AGCGACGCGCCCGGCGACGUUACAUAUUAAGGAUGGUUAACAAAUCGCAGUCUUUAGGACUUUUAGUACGCGGUGUAGGUUUAUAAUGUGUCUCUCUGUUCUACCCUAUCUAGUGUACGUAUCUAGGGGUCGUUGGGGCGUUUGAGAUUAGUGCGCUGUUUCCAGGUUCCCCCAUGUUAAGCCGCGGACUGUACUUGCGUUAUGUUUUUUCGCAGAAGAGAAUAUUAGCAGGUAAAGGUUUAUUUAGAUCUUUCUGCAGCACUAUGGAUCGCCUGGUUGUGCGCUGUGUGCCAGCAGAAUCCAAGCUGAGCAUUUCGUUCUCCCUGGCAGGGAGUUACAGGCACAUGCUGAGGGAGCAGGCGGAGGAGCUGGGGAAAGCGUUGUCCCGGAUAUCUAAGAGCGCUGUCAAGGCGCAGAGCAAAGGCAAGAAGUCUAGAAAGGAGUGUAAGAGCGAGAACACUGAGGUGGAGGCGGUGGUGCGGCUUUACUUUAACGACGAGCCGGUGGCUGAAUCCGCUCUGAACCGCGACGCGUGGCAGGAUGGAGCCGUUCUCCAAGUUGGAGACGCAAAAUACAAAGUGGAACGCAAUCCUCCGACUUUCACCACGGCACUGCUUCCUGCUUCAGUCCUCGCCGGAUUUCCUGUCUGCCCAAAACUCGAGAUCGAGUUCGGAGAUUUGAGGUUUUGCCUGUUUAAUUGGUACAAGGAGAGCUCUCCAAAUGCGCAUGCGCGCGGCGGAGAGGACUCCUGGGUGGAAGCAGGAACCGACCGAGUUUUUACUCCAUCUAAUUCAGACAUAGGGCUGCGACUCAAGCUGAAAUGCAUGCCGGGAAACGACUCGAAGUUAGGCCUCGCUCUAGACCUGGUCACCUCAAGCGCAGUCGAGGCAGGGCCAGGGGUCUGCACGUUCGACGCCAGACACUUCUACACCCUCAAGGUGACUGACGAGACCACAACCAGAGUCGUCACCUACAACAUCUUAGCAGACGUCUACAGUCAAACCGAGUUCUCAAGAACAGUCCUGUACCCUUACUGCGCUCCGUACGCGCUCGAACUCGACUACAGACAAAACCUGAUCAAGAAGGAGCUUUCUGGCUACAACGCAGACAUCGUCUGUCUCCAGGAGGUCGACAAAGGCGUCUUCGGCGACAGCCUCACACCAGCGCUCGACGCUUUCGGCAUGGAUGGGGUGUUCAAAAUGAAAGAGAGGCAGCAUGAAGGACUGGCGACGUUUUACAGGAGAUCAAAGUUUAGGUUGCUGUCCAGGCACGACAUCAUGAUGAGUGAGGCCUUAGAAAAGGAUCCGAUCCAUAUCAUGCUUCUGGAGAAACUGGGCUCCAAUCCAGUGCUAAAAGCAAAGGUGGUGCAGAGAAGUACGACGCUGCAGGUAAGUGUUCUUCAAUCUGUAAGUGAUCCAUCAAAGAUAGUGUGUGUUGGAAACACACACCUCUACUGGCACCCUAAAGGAGCAAACGUUCGAUUAAUACAGAUGGCUGUGGCUCUGAAGCACCUCAAGAAAGUUGUUACGGAAGAACAUGCCAGCACGCUGAUAUUCUGUGGAGACUUCAACAGCACACCAUCAUCAGGAUGCUUCCAGCUGCUCAGUCAGGGUUCGAUAGCAGAGGAGCACAGUGACUGGGCAUCUAAUGGACCUGAGGAACAUCUACAAAUGGUGCUCCACAGCCCCUUCAAGCUGACCAGUGCAUGUGGAGAACCCGAAUACACCAAUUACGUAGGCGGCUUUAAUGGUUGUCUGGACUACAUUUUCAUAGAGUCUCAGGCUUUGCAGGUAGAACAGGUAAUUCCUCUGCCGAGUCACCAGGAGGUCACCACGUACCAGGCCCUUCCCAGUGUCUCUCACCCGUCUGACCAUAUCGCUUUAGUCUGCGACCUCAAAUGGAAAUAAUGUUGAGACACAGCCUCAAAGGAACAAUCGAAUCGCCUUUGCUUUCCGGGCUAAAGAUGGAGCAUUUCGAUUUUUUUUUUUUAUUGAGCAAGGCAAC